GUUCAUUCUCCGAAACUCCGAUGACCGGAACCCAUGGCUUCUUGAUGCCAUGCCAGGACCGGGCGCUAUAUGGGCGCUGGUUCUGCUCUUCGCGCCAGGGCCCAGUUUCCACUGGCCGCUCCGUUGUGCACUGGCCGAAGACCCUCUGCUCCAUGAUCCCGACGGGCUUUUGGAGCGAAGCUUGCAGGCUGAUACGGAAAUCUUGCCGCUGCUGCGGUCCUUCCAGUCCAAGAUGAGCGGCCCGCACCUGGGCCAGUGGGCGAUCCACCUCGGCGUGGCUCUGACUGAUGCCACUGUGGAGCCACUGUCCACGACAGCCCAUCGAUUGGCACAGGACUUAGGUUUCAACAGCAGCCAGCCGGGCUUGCUUUUAGUGCUGCAUCCAGAACUGGGUCUGGAGGUUGCAGGGUCACUCCUCUGGCCUGGAAAUGAGGAAUUCUUCCGAGAAUCAGCGCAGUGGCAGGCGGCCGAGGCCGCUGCAGAAGCGAAUUUGCUGGCCGGCAAGAUGGGAACUGCCGUUCAGGCGGCGGUGAACGGCGCUCUUUUGUCGCUCACCGGGUCCUUGGAGCUCCUUGUGCCCCACACCAGCUUCAAGCAGCGAGAGCUUCACAAGUGGCAGUCCAAGUUCCAAGUGGGAGAGGUGUGGGUCAACAUUUGUGGCGAUCGACUUUGCCGCGAGUUGGUGUUAGGAGAUGUGCGGCAGCUCAGCGACGGAUUCGAGCGCUACUACCACGAGGCCAUGACCUUCCCUGCACUCAACCUGCUGGGCCCUGGCGCGCACAAAAUCCUCAUCCUCGGCGGUGGCGACGGUGGCAUCGCGACCUGCGCCUUGCAGUUCGACACAGUUCACCAAGUGGUGAAUGUGGACAUCGAUGCCACUGUCACAGAGGAGGCCAAAAGGUGGUUUCCCAAAGUGGCGGCGGGCCUUGAUGACCCGAGAUGCACCAUGAUACACUCCGACGCUUUCGCCUGGGUCGCAGCGCACGGCAGCUCAAAGUUCGACCUGGUGGUGAUCGAUUUUACCGACGAGCCCAUUGAGGGGGCAUGGUCUGAAGACUUCUUCUGGCAACUGCGAGGUGUGCUGACUGACAACGGCCUGGUGGUCCAGAACGUCGGCACGAUCAGCACCCCGCAGGAGAUGCAGAAAAUCUUCGCCACCCAUGCCCUGGUCUUUGGAUCGGUCUUCCCCAUGCACGCUACGAUUCCUGACUACUUGGGUCCGUACAUACUGGCGCUCAGCAGUAUGAACCCCAAGCUCAGACCGGAAGAUGUUGAUUGGGGGCACUGGCGCGGGCAGAAGAUCGCGGCGCAAUACUACGGGCCAGACCAGCACAUGGCGCUCUUCGCCGGUAUCCCCGCGGACGUGUGCCGCUUGCUGGGGCUUCCUUUGGAGCUGGAUCAGGGCGCGCCAAGUCUUCCGCCGGCCAUCACUCUGCCGUUGCCGCUGGCAAAACCCGCCGGGAAGGAGAAGGUGCUGUUCAGACAGAAGAGCGCGGAGGGAAACAAGGUCAAAGUCACCUUGGAGGACACUUCCUACAGUUUGUACCAGAACUGGGAUGCCAUCCUAUCGCCCAACUCCUGGCACCGAGACGAGGCUCUGCUCCUCCCGGCUUUGACCAUUCUUGGCAGAGCCGCCAGUUGCGCGCUGGUGCUGGGUGGCGGGUCAGGCGCCUUGGCAAGCUUGGCGCUGAGCUGGCCGGUGGAGAAGGUCGUGGUCCUGGAGGUGGACGACCUUGUGGUGCAGGCGGCUGAAAAGUACUUCCCGCGCGAGGCGGCCGCUCUGAAGGAUCCCAGGACUGAGCUGAUCAUGGCAGAUGCCUUCAGCUGGAUUGCGACCACGCAGCGGCUGUUCGACUUGGUGGUUGUCAACAUGUUUGAUCAACCUUGGCUUGCAGCCGGGCGAACCACUCGCGUACCUCGGACACGGGCCUUCUACAGGCAGCUCCGAGCUUUGAUGGCUCCUGGGGGCUUGAUUGUGCAGGAGGCCGGCAGUAUCGGCAUGCCGCAGUCUUUUGGCCACGUGCUGGAGAUGCAUCGCCAGACUUUCGCUGGCACGUGGCCUUUGGCCAUGAGCAGUGGCAGCCCGCAGCCUGUGGCGGCAGGGGAUGACUUCGAUGGCCUCUACUUCAGGCUCCCGCGGCUGAUGCUGCUCAGCUCCAGAGAGCCUGGCCUGGACCCACUGCAGGUGCAGUGGCACAAUUGGCCAGGCUUUGCAGAGAAGCAUCAAGCGACUUACUACCAUCCGGCAUUGCACAAGGCGCUCUUCGUGCUGCCGGCAGAGCUGCAACGUCGCUUCAAAGCUUUCGCGCCGUGGCGGCCCGAAGAGGGCGAGGAGUACUUGAUCUAUGCCUUCAUGACACAGGUCCACGAAUGCGAUGUCGACCUGCUGGACGAUCUUAGCAGCGCAGGUGCACUUCUGCGACGGAUUGCGGAGCUGGGAAAUCUCACAGACCUCGGCAGCUUGCAGCACAAGUUCGAGCCGCAGGGUCUAACUGCGCUUCUUCUGGUGUCAGAGUCCCAUGUGUCGAUCCACACCUGGCCAGAGCUGCGAUAUGCCGCUGUGGAUGUGGUUUCCUGCAAGCCCAUCCCGCCCACGGUCCGCAAAGCCAUUGAGAUGGAGGUUGCGGUCUCUCUGAGCUGCGACUCUUGGGUGAGUCACUUCUCUCUCCGCGGCCGGGAGUUCCAUCAGGCGGAGGUGGCCCCCACAGAGCGGCCAGCGUCAGACGAGUUGUAGCGGAAA